AUGCCACCCAAAGCAGACCAGGGUGAUGAUAAGCGCCAAGCUGCGCGUGAAGUCAUUGAUAUUCUCCAGGAGAUUUCUGACCUGUUGAACACAAAUCUUGACCGAACAGAGCUAUCACUUUGCGUGUCCCUGAUCGAAAAUGGUGUGAAUCCCGAUGCUCUAGCGACUGUUAUUAAGGAUCUGCGGAAGGAGACUGGUGCUUCCAAGCGCGUUUCUAAUGCUCCGGCUGUGGAGUAA